AUGAAGCCUGGACCGCUGGAUUUGGGUUAUGCUCGUCCUCUCGAGUUUACCCUAUCGGUCAUCGUGAGAACUAAGCCGAGUCCAUUGGACUUUCAGUUCGCUGCGGAUACACUUGUCUCACAAUGGCCUGUGUUGAACCUGCGAAUGGACGCAUUGAAAACAAAAUUUCUUGAACCGAAAGAUCCUGGUGAUCUAACGGAUGUCUGGAAAGGGCGAGAGAUGCACCAGGACCUUGAUGAGAUCCUCUACGUAUCCCCUGAGCCAGAUUUCCCACAAAUGAUCAAUUCCGAGGCGCUGGAUAAAGCAUUGGAUUUUGGCUAUGGAAUUUUGAAUGCGUGGAAACAGCGGGUCUUCUCUAUCCGAACGGUGUUCUUGAACGACGCUUGCAUAAUAGGGUUCAAAUUUUUGCACUCGCUUUGCGACGCAAGUGGUGCUCAUGGAAUUAUCCAAGCUUACUGUACUCUGCUCAGGGGCGAAAGAAUCACGCAUACCCUGCAUGCCCGACCAUCUCUGUCGCUGAAGUCAGAGGUCCUUGAGAAGUGUGCUGAGAUGAUUGAAUCGCAUCAAAUUGCAGACUUACACCUGCAUUCUUCUCAUCGAACUUGGUCUUCCGGUAUCGGGGCUCUAGGGAAGCAGAUUGCACGAAACAUUUGCUACCGAUCGUCUCGACGUGUUGGUAGGACCAUGUUGGUACCACGUGGACAGAUUCAACGGUGGGCCAAGGAGGCUGACCUGGCAAAUGCUAAAGUUACUGAUCACGAUCUGCUGGUUGCUUUCAUCUAUAAGGCGUCUCUACAUCCGCCAACUGCUCACAACUUCGGGCUAGUAGUUGACAUUUCGCAGCAGCUGCAGUCUGAAGCCAACCUCUAUAACCCGUGGUAUAUGAUGCCUCUGCCAGAUCCAAUGCCAUCAAGCGAAUAUAGUUCUCCGUCAAUGGCGCGCUUGGCACAGCACAUCCGACACACAGUCGAUGAGGCACAGCAGCCAGAAUGUAUUGGAGAGGUUGUAGAGCAGCAUCGCCGGCUCAAGAAAAACCCCAUGGUACCAAAGACCUACGGCAGUCGAGCCGCUCAACCCCGAGUCGCAUCAUGGAAGAGCCUACCCCUUUACGAUAUCGACAUCCAGGGGGAGAACCCGCUCUUUGUCCAGGGCAGUGUUGACUACUGUGGUAUUCUGCGUGAGACCAAGUGCCACUUGGAUGACUUGUUGGUGACGUGGAAAGCACUGGGACGGGAUGGAGGAGAGGGCGGAUAUUGGAUUCAUGGGAGACUACCCGAUGCUGUUUGGAGGACUAUGGCGGUAUUAUUUGGGGAUAAAUAUGCCCAGUACAACAAAGUCAGUUUUGAAAUCGGGCACCGGCGAGCCGCAAUGGCCGUGUCUGGACUUCGCUCUUUGCAAAUAUCCCAGGACCAGGAUUUAAUCACUGCAUUGAGAAUUGGCGUAGCGAUGGUUACAUUUGCUAUGCAUGUUGCGCAUGGACAGUCGUUUCUUAUAUCCCGCUACACGCUUUCUCUGGUGAAGCCGAUAUACCCAAGACUUCUGACGAUGGAUUCGGACACAAUGGAUUUCCUGAUGUGUCUUGUUAGCACGGAGACACUCGAUUGCCUGCUCAAAUCGGAGAUACCAACUAUAAGGAUCGGGGAAGACGAUCGCAAUGAUGUUGUUGAUCGGUAUGUUGGGCUGAGUUCUGGUCUCUUUGCUCAUCUGUAUGACAUUUGUGAAGUUGCCAGCAUACUGCGACACACGGGCGGAAGAAUGGAUGUCGGCCUUGCACAACAACUGAAGGCUAUUCAGGAUUGUCUAGAUCAAUGGCAGCCAUUACCACCGCCUGGCUUUCUUGAACAGUUUGUUCAGGAUGAGAUUGUUCGGAUGAUUGCGCAGACUGAGGUGCUUCGUCUUGCUGCGUUGCUCAUUAUCCAUCGGUUGAAACAUCCCUUUGGGCGACAUGAUGAGGAAGCCUUACUCAUAUCCAAAGCCAUCACUGCCGAAUUUGACAUGGUGAUGCAAGUCACGGGGAGGUCCAUACCAUGCACUGCACUUGCUUAUAUGGUAGCCAGUUUUGAGAUCACAGGCGCCGAAGAACAGGCGAAAAUCAUUACCAAGAGCCAUAAAAUGGUGACAUUUUCCUUACAGUCACAGGUCCGCGUCAAGAACAUCAUGUAUUCAGUAUGGAACGCGAGGGCAUUUGGUGAGAUCCACUGGUUUGAUCUAGGAGAAUACAUUGGGAAGGCAGAGACCAAAUGA